AUGGCGCAGGUGAAAGAAGUCAAGUCUCGGGGAGAUAAAUCGCCGGUGGCGAAAGUGCGUUCGGGCGGGAAGGAAGCGAAUGCGCAGAAAACUACAGAUCAGAAGGGCCCAGAAGCAAAUGCGCAAAAACCUUUGGACCAGAAAUGCUCAGAAGCGAGCGGUCCUACAAGCGAUCGUGCUAUGCGGGCAGGAAAAAUUCUAGACAUGCCAGCACAAGCAGCAGUAACACCCAGUUUGGGUGAAAUCUCAUUCGCAGUGCCAAAAAGCGCAUCGAAAUCGAUCUCGAUGAGAGCGGGGAAGUGGUCCUCUUCUGAUGCUUUCAUUUCGCCAACAUUCAAUGGAAAUGAGGAAGACGAUUAUUAUCACGGGUAUGUUAUCUCUGCUGCUGAACUAAGUCGUACGUAG